UUGUACGGCAGUAGGUGUCAGCCCUAACUUGACUGUAAAUACAAAAUAUAAUCAAGGGUAUUUCCGUCAAAAAUUAUUCCAUUAUCUGCCAUACCCCAAAUUCGAAUCCACAUUUCAACAAAUCCCAUCGCCGAUCUUUUCUCCCUCACAAGUUUCUCUCUAGAUUCUGCAUUUUCUACGUAUAUAUAUACGUAUACUGUACACUGUUGUAAUUUAUAUCAAUCGAUUUCAACCGUCAAAGUUUCUAGAAGUUUCUUAGGUUUCCGGCGAGCUUACGGGCAGAUUCGAAUUGGUUUUGUAUGGGCGGUGUUUGAUUGAAAUGGAAUCUGUGUAGUUUUUUUGUUUAUGUUGUUGGUGUUGUGGAACUGUGCGAGGGAGUUAGGGUUUCUGGAAGUUUCCGGCGGGUGUACCAGUGCAGUUUGUUAGAUUCGAGUCGAUUAUAUAGCGGCGGCGUGUGAUUGAAAUGGAAUUUGUGUGUUUUUUGUUGCAACAACAAGGGAAUUAGGGUUUUGGAGGUCUCAAGCGAGUAUACAGGGAGAUUUGAAUUGAUUUUAUACAGACGGAGAUUGAUUGUGAUGGAAUUUGUGAAAGAUUAGGGCUUGUGAAAGUUUGUCAUUUUACUGGAUUGUCAGAUUUCGAUUGGCUAUACUUACAGUAGCGGAGGAGUGAUUGUGAUUGAAUUUGUACGAGUGUUGUUGUUGUUGUUGCUGUGGUGGAAAGUGUAGAGAGUUAGGGUUUCAGAGGGUAAGGGAUUAGAAAAAGAGGUUUAGAUUUUGGAAUAUUUACAGAUAUGCCUAGAAGUUCAAAGCAUAAAUCGCAUAAGCAGAGUAAGCAUAGUCCGAAGGAGGGAAGGGAUUACUCGUAUUCGGAUUCGGAUUCGGAAGUGAAAAUGAAGGAGAAGGAGAAGGAGAAGGAGAAGGAGGAGGAGAGGGAGAAGGAGAGAGAGAGGAGUAGUAAGGAGGAUAGUUUGGCUAGGGUUACUAAGGAUUUGAUUCAUUCAGGUUCUGGUGAGAAGAGGAAGCAUUCUUCUCAAUCUAAGGAAGGUAAAGAAGGGAAAGAUAUAACUGGCUAUGGAAAUGGUGAUGCUUCGGAGGAUUAUGUUUCUUCUAAGAGGCGGAAGGAGAAGGCGGAGGCGGGUAGUGGGGGCGCUGAUCGAUGGAAUGGUGCUGCUGAUAGUGCAAUGAAGGGAGAAAGUUUGAAAAUUGAUGGAGAUAAGGGCUCUAAAGGGAAGGAAACUAAGAGUUCGAGUGAUUCCAAGAGUAAAAACAGUAAGAAAGAAGGCAGUCUUGGCUCGUUGGUGGAAAAAGAAGAGAGUAAGAGUGGGAGAGUGGAGUCGAAGAGGAAAUCUGAAAAGGAUUAUGCUCGUAAAGAAGGCAAGGAUUCCAAGGAGGUGAAGGAAAAAGAGAGAGGGUCAGAUAGGGAAAAGAAGAGCUAUGAGAGCAAGCGCGAUGAAGUUGACAUUGUGAAGAAACAGGGGUCUCAAUCUGGUGAUGUUAGUGAAGAAAAACAGAACAAAAAAGGUAGAGAAAUUGCUGAGUGCUCUAUCCAAAAUGAAGUGCCAAACCUUGACGUGGACAAGGAAGCCGAGAGAAGGGCACGGAAGAGAAGAGAAGUCUCUGGUGAUCGAGGUAAAUUUGAAGAUGAUAUAAAUGAGAGCGAUGACAGACGGUUAUCUUCGAGGGCUGAACGUACUAGAGAUGAAAAACGACUUGAAAAAUAUAAAGAGUACAAGGAAGAUGGUGAUAAAGAGGACAGGCACAAGGAUGAUAGAUACCGCGAGGAUGUUGAUAAGGACAGAAAACGGCGUGAUGAUAAAUAUCGGGAAGAUAGUGAUAGAAAUAGAGAUAAUAGACGUAGAGAUGACAAGUACCUGGAAGAUGUUGAUAGAGAUAGCAGACGCCGGGAUGACAAAUAUCGUGAUGAUGGUGACAGGGAUAAUAGGCGCAAGGAUGAUAGGUAUCGAGAAGAUGACAUUGAAAGAGAUAGUCGCCGUAGGGAUGACAAAUAUCGUGAAGAUGUUGAAAAUGAUAACAGGCACAGGGAUGAUAAGUAUCGAGAGUACGGGGAGAAAGAUGGCCGUCAUGAUGAAGACAGGUAUCAUGAAGAUGGUGAAAGAGAUGAUAGGCAGAGGGACAUCAAAUACAGAGAAGACAGUGAAAGAGAUAAAAGGCGCAAGGAUGAGAAGCACCGAGAUGAUUUUGAAAGACAUGGAAGAUGCAAGGAUGGUGUUGAAGCAGAUGAAAGUGACAAAAAGAGGAGACUCAAUGAUGCCAAGUAUGGUGAUGAACGUGCUCCGAGAGACCAUUCAGGUGACCGGUCUGAUGCAAAGCGUUCUAGGGAUGAAGGUCAUGUUUCUGAUUUGUAUUUGAGGAAGUCAGGUAUGCAUGAAGGUAACCCCAGUUAUGAUCGUACAAGGUAUAAAGAUGAGCCAGGAAGAAGGAGAACGCUUGAUAAAGAGGACCUUGGGGAUAUUAGAUCUCGGAGCAGUAAAGAUCAGCGAUCUGAUUCAGAGAAGAGAGUCAUUAGCAGUGCUAGGGCAGAGUCUAUCACUGACCGUGGAAGGUCUACCUCGAGGAAUGCUGAUGUAGAAAUUACUCCAAAAAAGAGCAGGUGGAAGACUUCACCUAAUGCUGGACCUCAUACUACAAGGGAUAAUUACAGGCUGUCAAAACAGGAAGAGUCUAAGUACAGGGAUUAUCCUUAUGAUGAAAGGGUUCGACAUGGUGGAACCUCUCGAGAUUAUGCUGGUUCUGGUGCAUCAAUUGAGAGAAUUUCUUCGUCUCGAUCAACGGAUAAAAUAAUGCAGAAGGAGGACAUCUUUCUUGGAGAGUUCUCAGCUGAACGACGGCUUAAAUCAGAUGUACGCAGUUCUCCCCUGCAGUUGGUGGAUAGAUCUCCUUCUUCAGCGAGCAAUGAGCGAAGACACUUGACUAGAUCUGAGGUUCGCCGGAGUCUUGAUGUUGAGGAUUCAGCUCAGAGAAGUGGUGGCUCCAGGGAAGUAAAGGAAGGUAGAGGAAACCGUGACUUUGCUGGCGAUGCAUUUGCAGGUGACGAGCCAUCUCAAAUGGAUGGAGAUAAUGUGUCUGUUUCUUCUCCUUUUAUCAGAGGGAUUCACUUGUCUGGCAGUUUGAAAUCUGCUUUACCUCCCCCUCCCCCAUUUAGGUCUGGGGUUGACAGCCCAUCAAUGUUUGGCUCUUUGGAGGAUGACAGUAGAGGGAAGUCGACCAACCGUCACAGAAGAAUUAAUGAUCCUACUAUUGGAAGAAUGCAAGGAAAUGCUUGGAAGGGAGUUCCAAAUUGGCCGUCGCCUCUAGCAAAUGGUUUCAUGCCUUUCCAACAUGGUCCACCUCCUGUUGGUUUUCAUCCUGCAAUGCAGCAGUUUCCUGGACCGCCAAUAUUCGGUGUUAGGCCUUCAAUGGACUUGAGUCACCCUGGGGUUCCUUACCAUAUGCCAGAUGCAGAUCGCUUUUCUGGCCAUGGGCGUCCGAUGGGUUGGCGAACUCCACUAGAUGAUUCAUGCGGUCCUCCAUUGCAUGGGUGGGAUGCUAACAAUUUUGGUGAAGAAGCUCACCUUUAUGGAAGGCCAGACUGGGACCAGGCUAGGACUUUGUCGAACAAUAGUCGGAGUUGGGAGACAAUUGGCGAUGUAUGGAAAGGGUCAAUAAGGGGCACCAGUGUGGAGUUGCCAUCUGGUUCACAGAAGGAGGUCUGUUCUAUUCAGGGCCCAGAUAAUUUUUUUGCUGCUCAGUCGGCUCAGCAAGCUCAGAGUGAGCAAAAGCAGUCAGAUCAAGGCGCUGAAAGCAAUGAUAUCAGUCAGUCCAGCAGUGUUCCUGGAAGGAGCACUCUAGAAGAUUUGAAAAUUAAUCAUGAAGAGCAACCAAUUGAGGCGAAGUCAUCUAGGAAAGAAGAAACUCCUUUUUGUGCUAUUUACCUCAGAAAGCUUCAUAUAUCUCCAGAUCUUACGGAGCCCGAGUUGUUUGAUCAAUGUACAAAGUUAAUGGGUGUUGAGCAGGAUUUGGCAUCUGAUGUAAAUAGUUCUAAGAUCUUAUUCUUGGAGGGUACUGCGGAAUCUAAUGUAACGCUGCCCAGCAAAUUUUCAAGUGCGGCUGAUUCUGUUUUUCAGAAAGCCUUUGCCCUUUACAAGAAGGGGAGAGAAGAAAAUAAAUUUGCAUAUGGUCCGAAUUUUUCAUUUUCUGGUCAGCUAGGCGAGUCCUAUUCAGCACCUAAAUUAGAGAAUCCAAGUUCAGUAUCUGCUAAAGUUGAGGAGUCCCCUCUAGUGGAUGAUGGGCUAGCAAAAGAUGUUGAUGAAGGGGUUGAUCUCCCUGUUAGUUCUAAGGAAAUUGUAGGGCAUCCACAAACGCCAAUGGAUUUGAAUCCAACUGAGACGUCAGAUCUCCCUAUUUCCAUGGAUGAAGGAGCUGUUGGCAUGGAAGCCGCCGGUGCAGUUGUGGAUGUCACUCAGGAAAGUAAAAUUGCGUUGAAAUCCUUAUCUCUGGAAGAGGUGGGCCAAUCCUAUGCUCCCCUUGCACCUCUUGUGUCGAAAGAUUUGAUUCAGACUGGCAUUUCAAUUCUUAACGAUGUCAAAGAGGAGGAGAUGUCUGUUGAUGCUAAAUGUGGUCCUGUGCCACACCCUGAUGUGUCUUCUGAGGUAUUUGAGGCAGUGAUGCCAGAGUCAAUUGAGUCUGAGUCAGUAAAUUUAAGUCGGAUACAUCAUCAUUCUCCUGAAAGUACACAUUGAAACAAUUUAUUUUUCUGAGUUUUUGAUGCCGCUUAUAAUAGUCUGUUUUGUCUGCUUGCUGCUCUUUAGCUAAUCAAUAAAACUUUUUUCUUUUA